UCCUCCUUUGUCUGAGUCCUUUCGCUCCUCCGCCUAGUUAUUUAUUUAUUUCCUUUUCGUUUGUGGGGUAUAUUUUUAUAUAUCCUUAUCUCUCGGUUAUUGAAUGACACUCGAUUCCGACACAUAUAUGCCUAAAAGCAAAGCCCCCAAAAUGGAUGAUGUGGACUACAUCCCAGCGGACCUGAGCCCGGAGGAGCGCUCCGAGCUGGAGGAGAUCCGGCGCAGGAAGGGGGCGCUGCUUCUGGAGAUCCAGCGGCUGAAGGAGGAGCUGAGGGAAGCCAUCAUAGAGGUGGAGGGGCUGGAGAGCAGCACGGACGGCAGUAAAACAUUACAGAAGAGUCGGCAUGUGGCCAUGGGCAGGAAGAAAUUCAACAUGGACCCGAAAAAGGGCAUUGUGUUCCUAGUGGAGAAUGAGCUUCUUAGACACACUUCAGAGGACAUUGCCCAGUUUCUGUACAAAGGAGAAGGACUCAAUAAAACUGCAAUAGGAGACUAUCUGGGUGAAAGAGAUGACUUCAAUAUUAAAGUAUUGCAAGCUUUUGUGGAUCUUCACGAAUUCACGGAUCUGAACUUGGUACAAGCCCUUCGGCAGUUCCUGUGGAGCUUCCGCUUGCCCGGCGAGGCUCAGAAGAUCGACAGGAUGAUGGAGGCUUUCGCACAGAGAUACUGUCACUGCAAUCCUGGAGUCUUCCAGAGCACAGACACCUGUUACGUGCUGUCGUUUUCCAUCAUCAUGUUGAACACCAGUCUGCACAACCCCAACGUGCGGGACAAGCCCUCGGUGGAGCGCUUCAUCAGCAUGAACAGAGGCAUCAACGACGGAGGAGAUCUACCCGAGGAUCUGCUCCGAAAUCUGUAUGACAGCAUCAAGAACGAGCCCUUCAAGAUCCCAGAGGAUGAUGGGAAUGACCUGACGCACACUUUCUUCAACCCGGACAGAGAAGGCUGGCUCCUCAAACUGGGAGGUCGUGUGAAGACAUGGAAGAGACGGUGGUUCAUUCUGACUGAUAACUGCCUCUAUUACUUUGAGUACACAACAGAUAAGGAGCCCAGAGGCAUCAUACCAUUAGAGAACCUGAGCAUUCGAGAGGUUGAAGAUCCCAGAAAGCCAAACUGUUUUGAGCUGUACAUCCCUAAUAACCGCGGGCAGCUGAUAAAGGCGUGUAAGACGGAGGCCGACGGUCGAGUGGUGGAGGGAAACCACAUGGUGUACCGGAUCUCAGCUCCCACCCCGGAGGAGAAGGACGAGUGGAUCCACAGCAUCAAAUCCGCUGUGAGCGUGGACCCCUUCUACGAGAUGCUUGCAGCCAGGAAGAAACGCAUUUCUCUAAAGAAGAAAGAAGAGCAGCCCUGAAAGUCCUCCGCUCCUCCUCAAUCCAUCCAUCCAUACGCUCCCUCCAUCCUCUGGGAAACCAGUGAUGCUUCAUUAAGGUGGCUCUCAUCCUCUCAUCAGAUCAGUCUGUUAUUCUGGUUCAUGGAGAGAUGGAUGUCGUUUGGGAAGCAGAACGACAUCAUCUCGGGUCUGGAUUGCGGUGGUCUGGACUGCAGCUCUUAUCUCCACACUUCUCCUACACUUGCACACUACACAGUGUUAUUCACGAUCACACUAGUCUGUACAGAUUCUCACUGUGUUAUGCUGACGUUGAACCUGCAUUAUUCUCCAUCCUCAUCUCACAGUUCCUGCUAUUUACAGCGUUGCACUGUGAAGUUCUUACACAAACAGGGUAGACGUCCAAACAGCCUGAUCGGUGUAUUCAUCUUCUUCAUCAUCUUCAUCAUCAGGGACGGAUCUAACGAGCCUUUAGCAGAGACGAGCGGGACGUUUGCUUCACGCUGGAGGCUUUUGUUAGUUCAGUCGCUGGUGAUUUACUGAGUCUGUUCUGCUGCCUGUCUUAAUGUUAUUUCGUCUGAACUGACACUAUUUAUCUCAGACUUUUUUUACGUUAUAAAUGAAGAUGUAAAUGAAGGUGUUCACACCACAUAUCGAGCGCUACUGAGUUCACCUGUUAUAUAUCACUUCAGCUUUUACACUAAUGUUGGUAUCGGCCGCAUGGUAUUCCCACCGGUGAUGUCACUUCCUGUGUACAGUUGUGUUUUCCUCCACUGACCCAUCAGAACAUCUGUAGGAACGCACGUCAUUACAUGUGAAUCCUCGCAUAAGCUCCUUCACUUUGAGAAAAGAGCCUUAAAAGUCCCACAGCCCUGUUUCUGAAUGUUCUUACACUAGUGUUUCAACUGAACUCACGAAAACAUGUCCAGAUUAUACCGCACACUAACAGAACAGAUUUUGUGUCAUAAAAAUGCUGAUUUGUAUUUAUUUAUUAUUAUUUGGCAUUAUUUCCAUAACCAAGCAGCACAUUUCCUCCUGGAUGCAUACAGGCCUUUGGUGGGGUGAUAUCGAAUUUUAAAUUUUUCUGAAAUUUGGAAUGAGAUUUGACUCAUGAUCUUGACAGACUCGGUGAGAUUCGCUCUCUGACUUUUUCCUACCAUAAGCAAAAUAAAAAAUGUAAAAAGAUGUUAUUAAAGGACUGAUUAUGGUAUUUGCUGAAAAUGUACUCACCCACAGUCCAUUCGAGAUUUUUCUUCAUCAGGUUUGUAGAAAUGUAGCAUUGCAUCAGUGUCUCAUCAAUGGAUGCUCUGCAGUGAAUGGGUGCCGUCAGAAUGAGAGUCCAAACAGCUGAUAAAAACAUCACAGUAAUUCAGAAAAGUUUUAAAGAUGGAUUUGUUUAACUUCAAACUGUUGAAUAUAUGAGUCUAUAAUGCAUAACAACACUUCCUCCAGUGAAUAAAUCAUCUGGUCUGAAUCAGGAGAGAAAUCUGCACAGAUUUACCUGAUGAAACCACUCUAACAGGCUGGAUUUUCAUGUAUGUUUUCACUGGAGGAAGUGUUAUUAUGGAUUAUGGAAUCAUUAAAUUAGUUAUAAACGUCUUAAUGCUGGAUUUGUUUCAGCUUUUGUCUUUCUUCAGAUGUUAACUGAUGGACUGGAGUGCUGUGGAUGUUUUUUUAGCUGUUUGGACUCUCAUUCUGACGGCACCCAUUCACUGCAGAGCAUCCACUGAUGAGACACUGAUGCAGUGCUACAUUUCUCCAAAUCUGUUGCCAUCAAGCCUGAGAGUGAGUGCAUUUUCAGCAAAUGUUCAUUUUAUGGUGAGCUAUUCCAAUUUGAAGUCCUAUCUUCCCGAAUGUGUUUGCUAUGGCAGAGAACGACGUGUCAUGAAAAGAUCCCGAUCCUGAUGUGUACCCGCCGAAGCGAUGACCUGCUGCUUGUGUGAACACUAGUCACUCCUCUUACUCAGUGCUGUCUGUUGGGUUUGAAGGAGUCCAUGGCAGCUUUUUCCACUGUACUUUAUAUUUUGUCUUUUCUGUUUAUAAAUACAUGUUGUUAUGAUUGUUUACAACACAAAUUGAUGGCAUUUUUAUUUAUUGUUUUUUAGUUCUUUCUUUCUAUGUGAGAAUUAAGGAUGGGGGUUGCAUGUUGUACUGAACUGAAGCAUCUUUCUGUAAAGGGUGAAUCUGACGCCAGUGUUUCGGGCGACUAUUAGCGCUCUGUAUUUCUACACUCACAUGAACCUGCUGGUCAAAGAAUUGGCAUCGCUGUUAAAAUAGGCUACAGAUUACGUGUGGUCACAGAAUCAGAAAUGAGAUAAUCCAUAAAGGUCUUUAAAAUGACUAAACAUACAGAACACUAAUAGACUCGCCUGGAGUCUAAUAUAAUAACUGCUCAAUUUAAAUAUACUAAUUAUGAAACGGUUAAUACUGAGAGUUGUUUGGCAGUGCAUAUUGCUCGACUUUUGUGAUUUUUCCCAAUUAAUAUAAAGCUUGGCUGUAGUAAUUGAGACCUAUUUAAUAGUUUGGGGUUAGAAUCUGUGUUUAUAUGGCACUUUACUAGAGUUCAGCACAAACCACAGCUUGUUUUACUCUCUAUGAGUAUGUAUGUAACUAGUACUGCAGUUUCUUGAACGGUUUAAGCUUCACUGCACAUGUUUAGGAUGCCAGUAUUCAGCAUCCGUAGCAAAUCGUUUGAAGUGAAUCUGCUUCACAUUGUGUUGUGUGCGAAGCCACAGGCCGUCCGUUUAUGACCGAGAGACUCCAAGUGUUACAUAGCAUACAUUCCUUGAUAUAUAAGCUAUGCGUUUAAACUCCUAUUUCAGGCAUGACGUGGUCUGAUGUAGACGCUAGAGUGACUUGAAUUUGUUUUGGAGACUCUUGAUGAGAAGUGCAAAGGUGCCAAAGCCUCUCAGCUAGUCUGUGAACACAGUAAGACAAGUGAAAGCAUUUCCUCUUCCUCCUCUUAGUUUUCUCUCCUGGCUUCUGAUUGGCCACAGAAUGGUACAGAUGUUGGAAAAUUCAUGUAGCAAAAGGAAAACUCAGUUAUGGUACACUGGUGCCAAUCAACUCUAAUAAACAAAAUGGAUAAAAAUA